CGGAAACUUCGUUUUAGCGCAGAAGAAAACUAAACGCCUGUUACCGUCUUCUUCCCUCACUUCCGACUUUUCCUGUGGCUGGGAAGAACGCUUGCUCCUGUUUCUUCCUGAUUCAUCAAUUGAGAUAUUAUCUCUUUCUUUUCGCUCUUCCAUAGUUUCAUCUUUCGUGGUCAGACGCUCUACCUUCUCUCUUAAUUCACCCGAUGCCUGUGUGCGGAUGGGUUUCUUCGUGGUCAGAUGCUCUACCUUUAUCGGACAUAGGCGACCCUAUGAAAUGUAUAUCUACGGGGUUUCUGGCAACUCUGCCGGGUUUCCUUCUCGCAAGAUGAAAUCCAGGACAUGUACAUGUUGCUGAAGUAUUGAAGUGCCUAUUCACAUGCAAUAUGAAGUUGUAGCUGUGAUGAUAUAAAAGCUUAAUGUAUUUAGAUCUUGGAACCCAAGCAAACCUAUAAAGCCAAAUUGUGGAGGCCCGCCAUUGUCACCUGUGUAACUUGUUCAGCUUGGCAUAUCUUACUAUAUACAUAAAUCGCCUAAGAAAGUUAGUUGACUUGUUUCCGAGUGUGCAGUGCCCGACGGAUCUCCUACGUCCGUGUAAACAGUACCCGCGCCUUGAGUACUAUGUUACCAAGACAAAAUCUGGAUGCAAAGUUUGUGAUUGAUGCGAGCUUAAUCUUGAAAGUGCAUGCUUUCCAUUAGUAUGGAGAAAUGACAGGUCAACCAGUGUUUCCUUUUAACCACACCAAUUCUAACUCUUUUUUGUCAAGUUUAUUGAUUGAAUUUCAGUGUUAUUGUUUGCUAAAUCUGGAAUCAAUCAAGUUGGGAAAAAGGCUAUAAAUAAAGGCUUAACAUUGGAAAAGAUGCCAUGGAUAGGUCUCAAGAACAAUGAGAGAAGAAUGGAGAAACUUACAAGUUAAUAGAAAGCACCUUAUGAAGAGAUGGGCCAAAAACAGAGAGCAGUUUGCUCAAGUUUUGAGUUCUUAACUGUUCAGACAAAUAAGAGAGAAGACGUCGCCUCUCAUGAGAAGGAAAGAGAGAAGGUGAUGAAAACUAGGAAGCAGGAGGCAAUGUAGGAGAAAGUUGAAAAUCUUAUUGAGAAAACGAGAGAAGAGCAUAAAAAGGAAAGGAAGAAAAAAUGAAAGCUAAUCACGGGUUUUCGGAAGAUACGAUUGCCCCAGCAGUGCCCGUAGAUCUCUUUGGAGACGCCCACCCACACAUGUUUAUGUUUUUAUAGAAGGUCGCUAAAGCUUCCAACCCGCUUCUUCUCGUUUAUUUCUCCGUCAUUGGGCAUCGUUCGUCGCGCAACGCGUG